GAGUGGAGCGCGCGCUUUUCCUCAUCGAUAUUUGUUUAUAAAUCAAAUACGUACAUCUCUAUUCGGCAUUCGAAAUGCUAUUCAAAUUUAAAUUAAGAACUCUUUAUUUUUAAAUUCGAUUCUUAAAGUGUAUAUACGUACAAUUUGGGGCCUGAAUGUUGUAGAAUGUGAUAAAAUUAAAAACAUUUAAUUGUGUUAAAUGCUGACAAUUUGCCAGAGUGAUUUUAUAAUUUAGUUGUAUCAAGACAAGAUUGUAAUUUAUAAAUAGCGCGUUUUAAUAGUAACCACUAACCGCACUUGCAGUGGCAGCUGGUUAAGAUACUAAUAUGUAAUGUAGAAGUCAAUUAUGGAUACACCGGAAUUGGAACCGUUAGAAUCUGGGGUCCCACCAAGUCCUGGAAAACCCCCAAUCAGCAGACACUGCAGUCGAAUCGCCUCGCGAUCCUGCUAUAAAGGACCAAUCAGACUUUGCAAGUUGAUGGUACUACUCAUUGCAGUACCAAGUGCAUUUAUAUUCGUACCACUAUAUUUACGGUAUCGAGUAUUCUCUGGACAAAUGUAUCCAAUGAGUAUGACUGACAUGAGACUGAUAGACAGCAAGAUCUCGACGACUUGGUGUCAGAGGCAGGUGGUGAAAUCGAAUACGACUUUCAACGCGUUCGUUGUACCUGGUCCUCCUCAACUCACCCAGGACUUGGUGCCGGUGACGAUGACCAGGGAACUUGAGUUGGAGGAUGACAUGAAGGAAUACUGGGGAUUCUACCUGUUGAAGGGGUCCACUGUUACUGUUUCCACUUGCGUGAGGUGGCCUGGAGCAUCCCUCAUAAUGAUUAAAGGUUACAAACACCUCAAGGACUGCGCAUAUAUCGGAGACGACUCCUCAGAAGAACUAGAUGAGCUGAUGGAAGCGAAUAAGCUUGGAUUGAUAUCUAACGCUGAACUGAUAGAAAAAAUACAGGUGCUAAACAAAAUUGACGGAAAGGCAAAUCAACCUGAUGCAAUGAAACGCCACAAAGCUGGAGUAAGCUUUCAUGAUCCUAGCAAUGUUGCAAAUGUGACGUCAUCGGAUAACAUACCGACUGUUGACGUCACGGAUCACGAUCCCAAGGAAUUAAGAGAAAUAUUAGAGCGUCUUCAUGCUUUACGACAAGCGGCGAAGACUGAAUCCUUAAAGUACUACAAGCCACCUUCUCACUUGAUGGCAUUACCUGGCCUGCACAGACAUAGGGAUACCAACGUCGAUAGAGAUGAAAGGAGAUGGAUAUAUUUCAAAGAUAUUGAUGGUAACAAUACCAAAACAAAUGAUAAACAAAUAAUUAACAAUAAAUUAGAGACUACAACUGAAAUUCCUGAAGAUAAAAAUAAAAAUAGCAUUACCAAACCAAAUGUUAAUGAAAAUAGUAACAAUGAAGCUAGUACUGUUACUGGUAAUGUCAAUAAACCAAUAGUUAAAACUGAUACUGUUAAAGAAUAUAUUGGUAAGAACUAUGGGGAAAUUAAAACUAGUACUGUUGGAUUAACAGUUACUAAUGCUGCAUAUACCACACAGAAUCCACAUGCUGAGGAGAUAAAUUCAAAGGAAGUUUUUGAAGAUGUUCUUAAAAAACUGCAAGCCUUGGGCGAUAGAGGGAAGAGAGUGUUGUCCAGACUACACGAAACCUUGGGACUGGAAUAUGUAGAGCCCGCACCUGGAAGACCAACUAAAUCGGAUAUAAUGUCAGUAUUGACAGGGAGCAGCGAAGAACUGGAUAGACUGCGGAACAUCUUGGUAGAGGCCAUAGACGAGGAAAAGACCAGAUCUCUGAGACAGCAAAAACGCCAUGAUGCUAUGAAUGAAGCUCGUGCGAAGAGAGAGCUGAUGUUAGGUCAAAUUGAACUUCAGAAACAGUUGAAUGAUGACGAUGAAGCCAGGAAUUAUGCUGCUGAAGAGGACCUACAGCCGGAUGGAUACGCUGAACAUCAUGAGCAAGUAAAUGAAACCACAGCAUUCGACAUGAGCAAUUCAGAGUUCUGGUCGUCAUUCUCCAGCAGUGAGGAGGCUCUAUUGGAAUGCGAGGGUCUGAUCCUCAACCUGCCUCUAACACCACAUCCAUCAUGUAACACUCACGCUACAGAUGAGGAAAAGAUGUCAGCGGCACAGUCUAACGCUCUUACUUAUAGGGUCCCAACAAAUGGAUAUUAUUUCUUUGUUUUCAACUCAGAAAACGAGGUGCAGACCAACUUCAUCAGAGCCAAAUUUGACCUCCAAAAAACAAAGUAUGACGUCGCAAGAACCGCAUUGAGGGAAUGCAAGAACAGUACAGAAAGAUGUGACCUAUCGUUGGAUAUAUUUUCAAGUCAAAAAGUGGUGUUAGAAGUGCCUCUGAGUAACAAUGAUUCGUUAUGGAAUGAACAAUUCGUCAUCAUCUCCGAAUGUGAACCCAGGACCUCCGUAUACUUGUUCUGCGUGAUCGCUGUGCCUAUACUCAUAUUGAUAUUUGCAUUUCAAUGAUAUAUUAAUCUUAUUAAUAUUAUAAACGCCGAAAUUUGUAUGU